AUGGAGUCGGUGGCACAGUAUAUGGGCAGGUGGAUGGAAGUGGAAUUGACCGAUGGGAGGCUUAUACGCGGUCAAAUGAUGUGUACGGAUAGGCGGCCUAAUUUCAUCCUUGGCAGAUCCGAAGAGAGAUGGUCAGGUGAGACGGGUGAGCCAAGAGCGAUUGGUCUUGCAAUGGUUGGACGACAGCAUGUGCACGCAUGGAUAAAUAACCUCUCUUUUACCAAUGAAUUGGAACCUAUACCGGAAAUUGUCUCUCGGGAGCCAUAUUGGAAGGAAAUGGAGCGGGAGUUUAUUGCUCUACGUCUGCGUGAUGCUAAUGUAUCAAAGGAUUUGGAGGAGUCAAAUAUGUAUAUGUAUUCGCUUCGCCUUACAUUGGCUGCGAUAGAGGAGGCCCGAUGGCUGAAUGACGUGUCAAAAGGAUCCCGAGUUGUCUCGUUUAGUUCACGAGCCAAUUUUCGGGAGUUUCUUCCUAAAAUUGCUCCACUUGUUCUUUUAAAAAGCGAGGUCGAGCGGAUUGAUCCCAAAUUUCCCAUUGCUGUGAAUCGUAUACCUGAAAGUCUGGGCUCUGACGGAUCUUCUGCUGCAAACAUCAACGGGCCAAGUGGCGAUUGUCCUUCAGACUUGUACUGUCCACCAUUUGAGAUCAGAGACGAAAUCAAUGCCAAGCCGACAUUCUUCAGGAGCAUGAGAAGACCAACUCGACGCCCUCGCGUUGUACACGGUACGGUGACUGGAUCACCUUCCAGGAAACCCGAAACAACGUGGGGUGAAGCAGCUUCUGCAGCAUUGGAGAGCUUCGUGAAUAGAGAAACUUUACGUGAUGAACGAGUCUCGCAAUGGAUGGAUGAGCUUGUACGAAACACGGACAAGGCAAGUGUCUGUUUUAUUUUGAGCUCUUUGGCCUUUCCAUUAGUUUGCCAAUAG